AGCUCGGCGGCGUCGUAGACUCGCUUUCCGGCGGGUGCGCGGGGCUCGCGGCGGCCUCCGCGGUCCGCGCGAGCUCUCCCGCCCGCUCCCUGUCUCCCGGUUCCGGGGCGGCUAGUCUGUGGCGAGAGAGUGGGGCCGGGCCCGCUUCUGGCCUGACCCAGGAGGUGACCUUGGUUGAGUCGCCUGUAGCGCCGAGCCGCGGCGCCCGUCUGUGGCGCGGGCCUGUCAGGGACCCGGCUCCCGAGCGGUUGAGGACACAGAACUCGAGCGGCCCCACGGGCUGCCCCGUGGCAGGGGGAGCGCCGGGCCUCUGGCGGGGGUGCUGGGAAAUUCGGCCGGGGGGAGAUGCCCCUCCAUGUGAAAUGGCCGUUCCCUGCGGUGCCGCCGCUCACCUGGACCCUGGCCAGCAGCGUCGUCAUGGGCCUGGUGGGCACCUACAGCUGCUUCUGGACCAAGUACAUGAACCACCUCACGGUCCACAACAAGGAGGUGCUGUACGACCUCAUCGAAAACCGAGGCCCAGCCACACCCCUCAUCACGGUCUCCAAUCACCAGUCCUGCAUGGAUGACCCUCAUCUCUGGGGGAUCCUGAAACUCCGCCACAUCUGGAACCUGAAGUUGAUGCGUUGGACGCCCGCGGCUGCAGACAUCUGCUUCACCAAGGAGCUACACUCCCACUUCUUCAGCCUGGGCAAGUGUGUGCCUGUGUGCCGGGGGGACGGCGUCUACCAGAAGGGCAUGGAUUUCAUCUUGGAGAAGCUCAACCACGGGGACUGGGUGCACAUCUUCCCAGAAGGGAAAGUGAACAUGAGCUCCGAGUUCCUGCGCUUCAAGUGGGGGAUCGGACGCCUGAUCGCCGAAUGUCAUCUCAAUCCUGUCAUCCUGCCGCUGUGGCAUGUCGAAAAUCACCGUGCUGAUCGGAAGGCCCUUCAGCGCCCGGCCCGUGCUCGAGCGGCUCCGGGCAGAGAACACGUCCGCUGUGGAGAUGCGGAAAGCCCUGACGGACUUCAUUCAGGAGGAGUUCCAGCGCCUGAAGACCCAGGCAGAGCAGCUGCACAACCACCUGCAGGCUGGCAGCUAGAUGCCACCCUGCCCAGACCUGGCCUGCCUCCACUGGGACGGGAGGGGGGGCGGGGAAGAGGCGGUGCUGGGACCCGGGCCUCAGCUGCCGGGCCCUCGGUGCUGCCUUUUGGCUUCUUGCCCCGCACUCAGCGGGGCUGGGGGACGGACGGAUGCUUUGAGCUCAGAUACGGUUUUUCGUUUGUUUAUUUGGGCUUGUUGUUGGUUUUUUUUUUUUUUUUUGGCUGUGCCCACAGCACGUGGAAGUUUCCAGGCCAUGCCACAGCAGCGACCCAAGCCACUGCAGUGACAACACCGGAUCCUUAACCACUGCGCCACAAGGGAACUGCUCAGAUACAGUUCAGUAGGCAGAUCUGUUGUGACCCUCGCCAGGUACCCUCUCCUAGCUGGAGCGCUUCCCAGCUCCUCUGUGGCUCUUCAGCUGAAGGAAAGGUCUCAGCUUGCUCCUCCCCCUCGGCCAUGGAGGGAGCAAGAAAUGCGAGCGAGGCUCUCCUUCCUUCCUGCCUUCAACUUGUUCUCUCCCAGGGUUGCCGUCUGGAGAGAGGGUAGUUGAAGCAGGGUGGGUGGCCAGGGCAGAGCUUCGAGGAGGGGCCCACCAGGCCUGCGGCCUGGCUUCUGUCUGCCUGCCCUGAGCCAGGAGCGGCUCACCACUUCCUCAGGGACGGCUGUCAGCUACAUCUGCCCUCUGCCCAGGCUCCCUGCCCGUUUCCAGAGGUGGAGCCCAGCCAGAUGGAGCCCUGGCCCCUUGCCCCCAUGCCGCGACCCAGCGACGUCUCUGUCCUUUCCACCCCCCCCCCCACCCCCCCCCCCCCCCCGCCCCCGGCAUCACUUGAGUCCCCUGGGACCUGGGUUUUCAUGUUUUAUAAACAAUAAAGCCACUGUGUUGUGCUCUUUUA